AUAGAAAGCAAUAAGUAAUGGGUGGGAGAGAUUCGGGCUUCUAGUUGCUUCCUGAGCUGCAACGCGCGAAGGCUAUAUAGAACCGAUCGUGGGCAAGUCUUUGAAACCCUAGAGCAAAGCAAAUCGAAGUAAAAGAACUAAGGAAGCUGAUAUGGUGGGGACGAAUUUGAAAUCUGAAACAAUGUCUCUGAUGGACAAACGAAGUGCUUUGGAGUCCGAGAUGAACGUCAUCAUCGACCGCCUCUGUCAGCCCGGCGGCCCCGGUCUCUCCGGCAACCUCAUUGAUUCCGAGGGAUUUCCUAGGGCAGAUAUUGACAUUCCAGUGGUUCGAGCAGACCGGCAUCAUCUUGCUGAGCUACGGAGUGAUCACAAAGACAUCACCGAGCAAAUAAAUCAAAAUAUACAACUUCUGCAUUCAGCAAGGCUGGUUUCUAAAUCUUCGCCCCCCAUUGAUUCAGGUAAUCUUGAAGGGUCAAAUAAUCAAGACUUAUCUGUUAAUGUUGGUACAUCUGCAUCCUCCCACAAUGUACUUCAUGGAAAUACUAUCAGUGCCAUGGAUGUUGAUGUAACUGUCAACAGACCAUUUGCAUUGGUUGAUGAGAUAUCCGAGGCUUCUCCAGCAGCUGAAGAUGGCUUACAACUUGGAGAUCAAAUUGUGAAAUUUGGGAAUGUGGAAUCUGGUGAUGAUUUGUUGCCAAAACUUGCUUCUGAAGCUCUGUCCAAUCAAGAUCGUGAAAUACCUGUAGUGGUUUUGAGGCAAGGUGCAUUUAUCAACUUAACAGUCACACCUAGAGCGUGGCAGGGCCGUGGCUUGCUGGGAUGUCAUUUCCGAAUCCUAUGAUCAUUUACAUGGUGCUUUGAUGAAUAGUGAUGCUUCGGUUAGGCCAGCCAGAAGACAAUGCUCCAGUAGAUGUGUUCUGAACUUUCACUCUCCCCUUUGCCAGUCCAUAGGGGUAAAAGGAUGGUUACUGUCUUUUAAACUACUUCACAUAUUUGGAUUUUGUAUGUAGCAUGUGUGAAACUUCCAUUUUGCUUCAUUCCUUCGUGAAUUCUCAUAACCUCUUUAGUGCUUGCGGACAUAUCUGAAGGAAGAUGUAUGGAUCUAUUUUAAUUUACUAAGCAUAUUUGUGUUUGAACUUUCAACUCAAAAAUCUAAUGGUUACCAAUGAAUAUAAACAAAAAGGAAGCAUUCUAGAAA